GAAUCACGGAUAUCCGGUGCUCCGGCUGAGAGGAUGAGCGUGGUCGCGGCAGCGGGGGAGGACGACGAGUCGGAAUCGUGCGUGGUGUUCGAGUGCACGCACAAGUCCUGGGUGGAAAACAUCGAUCCGGAGAAGCUGCAGGUGUUGGCGGACAUGUACGACAGCGGCAGCUGCACGGACGUGGUGAUCCAGUGCACCGACCACCACCUGAUACACGCCCACCGCGACGUGCUAGCUGCGCGCAGCCAGCUCUUCAGUUUGGCCUUGAAGAAGUCGUCGCGCAAGUGCAGCGUGCUGGAAGUGAAGUACCUGCCUUUCAAGUACGUGAAGGCACUCGUCGACCUCAUGUACCACAACCGAGUGGUGGUGAAGCGCACGGACGCCAGGAGCCUGACGUACCUGAUGGAGCAGUUCCAGCUGCGUGGGGCAUUCGGGGAGAUGGGCCCGUAUGGGCUGCUGGCGCGGCUCUCCGGCGCCAAGCUGCUGGGCGAGCACUUUGACCGCCUGUACGAGUACACGGUCGCCACCCCCGUGCCCAAGGUGCGGCAGCCACGGGGGACGCAGCGCCCCGCCGCGGAGUCUCGUAGAACGUUCCUGCCGAGGGGCAGGGCCAAGGUCUGCAAGCCGGACACUGCGACCAACCGUGAGCAAGUGAAGCGGGAGACGCAGAGCCCUGUCGCUGAGUCUCGCGGCACUUUCCUGCCGAGGGGCGGGGCCAAGGUCUGCAAGCCAGACACUGCAGCCAACCAAGAGCAAGUGAAGCGGGAGACGCAGAGCCAUGUCGCGGAGUCUGGCAGCACGUUCCUGCCGAGGGGCGGGGCCAAGGUCUGCAAGCCAGACACUGCAGCCAACCACGAGCAACAGACCGCUGUGCGUCGAGAGCCUGCCUCGCUGGGAUGCCUGGUCCAGGAAGGGCAGCUGCAGGCGGAGCAAGCGGAAACGAGUCCUGAGCUUAAGCAGUCAGCUGCCGUUCACAACACUCGCAGUAAACGCCUCAAGGUGGAGGCGGAGGAACCGUGCCACGCGGCCGUGGCGACCAAUCAAAGGGCCGGUGGGAGAAAGCGUGGAAGGAAGCCCAGCGCCUCUGCUUCGAAGGCAGCCAGCGCCCCGGUAGCUGUCCCGUGGACUCCCGUGGCCAAAAGGAUUUCCAAGGCCAAAAGGAUUCCUGCGGCCACUCACUCAAUCUCAAGUCUCAAUGGGACAGGACGCUCACAAGUAUCGACUGAAUGCCCCACCGCAUGUGCAACGCCGACGCAGGCAGCGGUGCCACGGUUCGCCAACGUCGACUCCCAAGGCAACAAGAUCCCGCGGCCGCCCAACGCCUUCAUGAUCUUCGGGCAGGACUUCCGCAAACUGCUGGCCGACGGAGAGCGCAGGGGACAGCAACAAGGUCAUCUCGGUGGCCCUGGGGCAGGCGUGGGGCGGGCUGUCGGACUGCGAGCGGGCCGCCUACUACCAGCUGCAGGAGACGUACAAGCAGGCUCACCAGGCCCGCUUCCCGGGGUACACCUACAGCCCUGCGCAAGCGCGCCGUCUCAAGGCUCUGCGCAAACGAACCUGCUAGCUGGACCCCGCAGUUAAGUACUCUGGUGUAGUCUGUACAGCAUACAUGCUUUAUAUCUGGUCUGCAAGAAGACAGUCUCAACUCGAAAACAUAAUUUUUCAGAUCACGUAUUGAAUUGCAUGCUUUAACUCAAAAGUUACAUAAGAAACAGGGUUAGUCUACUUCC